UCUCUGUUUUUACUCUUUUUGUGUGAAAGUGUUUUUGUCCCGGAGCCGCGGCCGAGCAGCGGAGCAGCAGCCGGGCAGCAGCGCCUCUCAGCCGGGCCGGAGCAGCGAGCGGCCGCGGGAGAGCCUUCCACCUGGAGGAGGAGGACUGCUGCUGAGGCAGCACAGAGGGGUGGAGUCCAGUCCCACAGCCAGGUGCGGCACUUUAAUGCUUCAGUUGGAUGGUUUUCCUACUGGACACGGUGUUAAGGCUGAUCGAUCGGCUGGCAGACUGACUGGAUCCAUGAUGGAAUUACAGACAUUACAGGAGGCUCUGAAGGUGGAGAUCCAGAUCCAUCAGAAACUCGUUGCCCAGAUGAAGCAGGACCCUCAGAACGCCGAUCUGAAGAAGCAGCUGCACGAACUCCAAGCAAAGAUCACAGCACUGAGCGAGAAGCAGAAAAAGGUGGUGGAGCAGCUGAGGAAGGAGCUGCUGGUGAAACAGGAACCUGAGGCCAAGAUACAGCUGCAGGUCCAAACUCCUCCAGGAGGUGGCGACGUCAAGCCAAUCAACCUGCUGCAGAGCCAGCAGAUACCUGGAGGACUGCAGCAGACGCUGACAGUGACGCCGGUCCUCACCGCCAAGACGCUACCUCUGGUGCUGAAAGCUGCCAGCAUGGCCGCCCUGCCACAGCGCCCCCCCACUCUCGCUAUGGUAACCACAGCUCUCUGCAAACCGGACUCGCAGAACAGCCCCAUCAACCUGCAGGUGGCCAGCAAGCUGACCAAUCAGUGCUCAGAGCCUGUGCGGCUGGUGUCCAAGAACGCCAUUGUGGUCCGGCCCAAACCGGCCACACCCACCAACAUCCCCAUUGCCCCGGCCCCUCCCCCGCCCAUGAUGGCGGCCCCCCAGCUGCUACAGCGGCCCGUCAUGUUGGCCACCAAGCUGUCCUCGCUGUCCUCGGCGGCGCCCAUCCACCAGGUCCGCAUCGUGAACGGGCAGCCGUGCAGUAAGACCGGCUCCACGCCGCUGACGGGCAUCAUCAUCACCACGCCCGUCUCCGUCACGCCCACCCGCCUCACAGGCCCCGCCCACACACCCACCCCCGCCUUGACUCCUGCCAAGCCCAUCCAGAUCAGCAGCCUGAGCAGCGAGUCCAUGAGCGUUAAAUCCGGAGGUGGAGCAGAGAGGAGGGUGGUCAUCCUCCCGUCCUCCACGCCGCCGUCGUCUCCAGCUCCCAGAGCCAAGAGGGAGGACAACCCGGAGAAACUGGCCUUCAUGGUGUCACUGGGGCUCGUAACACACGACCACCUGGAAGAAAUUCAGAGCAAAAGACAGGAGCGCAAGAGGAGAACGACGGCCAACCCGGUGUACAGCGGAGCCGUGUUCGAACCCGAGAGGAAGAAGAGCGCAGUGAGUUACCUGAACAGUCCUCUGCACCAGGGGACCAGGAAGAGAGGUCGCCCACCCAAACACAGCCUGGUCCCGGAGCUGGGCAGCCUCCCUCCGACCUCCCCCUCCAGCCCCGUCCGCCCCCCCCCCCUGCCCAGCCCCAGCUGUGGGGAUGGAGACAUCCAUGAGGAUUUCUGCACUGUGUGCAGACGCAGUGGCCAGUUGCUCAUGUGCGACACGUGUUCUCGUGUUUAUCACCUGGACUGCCUGGACCCGCCCCUGAAAACCAUUCCUAAAGGCAUGUGGAUCUGUCCAAAAUGCCAAGAUCAGAUCCUGAAAAAAGAAGACGCCAUUCCCUGGCCUGGAACUCUGGCUAUCGUUCAUUCCUACAUCGCUUACAAAGAAGCUAAAGAAGAGGAGAAACUCAAACUGAUGAAGUGGAGUUCUGAACUGAGAGUGGAGCGGGAGCAGCUGGAACAGAGAGUCAAGCUGCUCAGCAACUCCAUCACGAAAUGCAUGGAGACCAAAAACACCAUCCUGUCUCGGCAGAAGGAGAUGCAGCUUUCCCUGGACAAAGUCAAACACCUAAUUCUUCUCAUCCAAGCGUUCAACUUCAACAAAGCUUUGGCAGAGACCGAGGGUAAAGCCACCGGCGCCAUCGUCCAGGACAGUUCUGAACGGGCACUUGGCUCUGCAGCUGCUCCACAAGCUGCUCCACAAGCUGCUCCACAAGCUGCUCCACAAGCUGCUCCACAAGCUGCUCCAGAAGCUGCUCCAGAAGCUGCUCCAGAAGCUGCUCCAGAAGCUGCUCCAGAAGCUGCUCCAGAAGCUGCUCCAGAAGCUGCUCCAGAAGCAGACUCUGUAGAGAAGGUAAAGGCUGUGAGCUCCUCCGCAAACAGCACCUCCAACGGGAACGACCAACAAGAGCAGAAAGGAGCAGCAGCAGGGGGGGGGGUCCCUGACCACCAGCCCAUCCCGGAAGACGCCACAGUCCCAGCACCAGAUACCAGCCUCGCUGUAGGACCAGGAGAUAAGACGGGACCUGGUAUAGGACCAGGGGAUAAGAUAGGGCCGGGUGUAGGACCAGGGGAUAAGACUGAACCUGGUGUAGGACCAGGGGAUAAGACGGGACCUGGUGUAGGACCAGGGGAUAAGAUAGGGCCGGGUGUAGGACCAGGGGAUAAGACGGAACCUGGUGUAGGACCAGGGGAUAAGAUAGGGCCGGGUGUAGGACCAGGGGAUAAGACUGAACCUGGUGUAGGACCAGGGGAUAAGACGAGACCUGGUGUAGGACCAGGGGAUAAGACGAGACCUGGUGUAGGACCAGGGGAUAAGAUAGGGCCGGGUGUAGGACCAGGGGAUAAGAUAGGGCCGGGUGUAGGACCAGGGGAUAAGACGGAACCUGGUGUAGGACCAGGGGAUAAAACGGAACCUGGUGUAGGACCAGGGGAUAAGACGAGACCUGGUGUAGGACCAGGGGAUAAGAUAGGGCCGGGUGUAGGACCAGGGGAUAAAACGGAACCUGGUGUAGGACCAGGGGAUAAGAUAGGGCCGGGUGUAGGACCAGGGGGAGAAGGAGGAGCUAACACAGGGACGGUUCCACCUCCGGAGGUCCUGGCUGACUCGGUGGUCCGGUCUGAGACGCCUGCGGUGGUUGACAGUCCUGUCACCUCGACGGUUUUAGCGGUUGCCACCACCAACGGAACAGCUGAGUCGGCCGGCCCUGACCACAGCCCUGCAGGAGACUGCCCCCCCACCGCCAACUCUGAGAACAAGAUGUCUGCCGCAAACCCUCCGGAAACCGCGGUGGAGGAGAAACCGGAGGAGACCGCUGACAGUGACGGCAGCAACAGCAACAACAGCAAAACCUCAGAACCCUCCCGGGACUCGUUGCCAGCUCUCGUCAGCAGCUCGGACAAAACAAAGUAAUUCUACGUCUCUGGAGGAACUCAAACAUAUAUAUUAAAAAAAGACUUUUGCUUGCACCAUACGGUGCCAUGAAGUUGCCAAUCUGUAUAAAUGUUGUUUGUUUGCA